AUGUCCCGCAAACGAGGUGAAGUCCAGUUCAUCCAUUCAACCCAACUCAGAGCCCCCGGCGUAGCAUCGGCUGAAGUUCAACGACUCGUUCACUCGCAUGCAGCCCGGGCAGCUCAUGCCAAGGUGAGGCGACAGAGGCUUAUUGAGUACCAAGCCGCCAAAACCAGCAGUGGCUCGGAAGAUGAAAGACGGCCAUUCUCCACAGCGGCCGCUGAGAUAGCGAUGGCCGCCAUUCCCAGCCCGCUGGGCUUGCUGGGGUCUGACCGGAGGGAUCCCUUUGCAAGCUUUGCCAGGCAUCUCAAUCCGGCUGAAUGUUAUCUCCUGGACUACUACAUCGCCAACGUUAUCCCGUGCUCAACUUUGCAACGCAGCCAGAUUAGCUAUCCGGGGAAAGUUGGUACACCGCUCCUAAACACACAGUUUGUACAGCUUGCCGCCACGAGUGCCAGCUCUCUGAAUGGCCUCUUUCUUGUGACAUGCCGACACCUCUCACAACAUCUACCGCACAACGGGCCGUACGUUCAACUCGCCCUUCAGUACAAAAUCGCCUGUACGCGGUCACUGACAGAGGCGAUAUCGUCUUCAGAGAUGCGCUUCCCGAUUAGUGAUUCAAUCCUUGCCUUAGCCCUAUUCCUAGCACACGACGAGAUCCUGAUUGGCGAUGGCCCUUCCACCAAGAUACAUGUACAGGUCGCAAUUCAGAUGGCCAGGCAUAACAGCGCAUUUGACAAGACGGAUUUAAGUGUAUUUCCGUACGACCUCAUUCAAAGUGACAUGUAG